AUGAUCCACGACUCUGACUCCGACAGCGACAUACAAGAAGUUCGGGCACCUACCAGAAAAUCGACUCGAGCUCGCAAGACUCUGCGCUCCAACCUGGAUGACGAGGACUUCGAAGACAAUACACCUGCGGAUUCCGAUUCGUCCGUCCGUCCGAAGGCUGAGAAGAAGAAGGCUGUCCGUGGCAAAGCCUCACGGCCGGCAUACGGUCACUUCCGCGUUGUCGCCGACCUCGAGCUCGAUGAAGAGGAGAACGAAGACAUUGCUCCGUUGAUCGCCCAUAGAGCGGUUUGUGAGAAGUGCCAAACGGCACCCACCCACGAACAGGCGAGGAAGAAAGGUCGCAAGCGGAAAGCGAAAGACGAAGAUUCGGAAGACGAGGAGACUAGACUAGCCAACCUCGGUGGUUGGAACAGCCUGAAAUGCCCUGUUGCUGCCCACUGGGGCUGCUUGGCCAAGACACAGCGCGACGAGAUCUUGCGUGCUGCUCAAGAACGCGACAAAGCCGAGUGGCUCGAGGCUCACUCUACUUUGCCCGAACCUGGGAGGCGCCUUGGAUUAGACAUCUAUCAGACUACUGAGUUCAUCUGCGGUUCCUGUAUGAAAGGCGGUAUAUGUAUGGGCUGCAAGGAGGUCGCACUCAAGCCUGACGCAUUCGCUAGGACUGUCCAUUCUACUGCACCGCCUGACCUUGCUGCGGCUCCCUCCGGCGACGUCUCUAUUUCUACUUCUGCUCGCGCAUCCAUCCAGCCCGAUCUACAGAACGAACCGGAUGCGGACGAGGCUUCUCCGAAAGAACUCCUCUUUCGGUGCCUUACUUGCAAGCGCCUCGCUCAUUAUGCUCAUUUACCUGUCCCUGAUGGAUACGAUCCCGACGACACCACUCCCGCUCAACUAGCCAGUUAUUAUCAGGAAUCGACCGGUUGGAGGUGUGCGGACUGCUUCUCAUACGUCUACUCGGUCGAACACAUCCUUGCUUGGCGACCUUAUCCCGAGAACGCAGUCGAGCCUCCUCGCAAGCCUGAUGAGCCGCCCAACUACAAGUCCGUGCUCCCUCGUGAGUAUCUCAUCAAGUGGGUCGACAGGAGCUAUCGCCGCGUGGAAUGGGUUCCGCAUGGAUGGCUUCUCGCCGUCGCCCCUUCAAAAUUGAAGAACUUUCUCCUGGGUGGGGCCAAAGUUCCUCUCCUCCCCGAACCUACCUCCGAGCAACAGGCCUCCGCGGCCGGCGAGGGCGAACCCGCGGACUUCGACAUUGGGAGUGACGAUCCCGAAGGUCUCGGAGGUAAGGAAAAGGUGGGAGCCUCCCCGCUCAUUGCCCUUCCUGAUGCCGAGAAGCGGAUACCUCCUGCGUGGAAGACCGUCGACCGCAUCCUCGAGAUCAAAUUGUGGAAGCCCAGAGCUGUCAAAAAGGGGACCCGCAAGUCAAGGGCGGUUGCCUCGGACGAAGAAGCGGAUGACAAUGAGGAUGCCAGUAUUACGAAGAUGCGAGCUGCGGCGUACGACCAGGGCGAAGAGCCUUCCGAUGACGCGAUUGUAACGCUCGAGGAGUUUGAGUCUCUUACUCGGGAGAAGCUCAGCGAGAAGCACGCUUCCCAGGUCGCAUGGGCGUUCAUCAAGUGGGAUGAUCUCGGCUACGACGAUGCAUCUUGGGACUCUCCGCCUCGCAGCGACGACGCUAGCUACGCUGCCUUUGUUAAGGCGCUCGAGCGUUUCAUCGCUGCGCGUUCCGUGAUUGUGUCAACCCGUGGUAAGAACGAUGUUGCGAGGGAUGGUGCGAGGUGGCUGGUGAAGCACAAGUUCACGGUCGACAACCAGCCAAAACUUGGCCAAAGCGCUCAGCUCAAGCUCAUGCCGUUCCAAGUCGAGGGCGUGAACUGGUUGUGCCACAACUGGAACACUCUCCAGCAUUGCAUCCUUGCUGACGAGAUGGGUCUGGGCAAGACGGUCCAGAUCGUUACGUUCAUUGGGUACAUCGUCUCUGCAUUCAAGUGCUUCCCAGCCCUGGUUGUAGUCCCGAAUUCGACAAUUACGAAUUGGGUGCGCGAGUUUGAACGCUGGGCCCCGAAGUUGCGUGUUGUUCCGUUCUAUGGCGACGCCAAGGCACGCGAGAUCAUCAAGAAGUAUGAGCUCUUUCAUUCUCGUCCCACGUCGGGUACCACUGGCGCGAAAUACCACGUCUUGGUCACGACAUAUGAGACGAUCACAAAUACAAAGGAAUUUGGGCCAGUUUUCAAGAGCACCCCGAGCUGGGAGAUGCUGGUGGUGGACGAAGGUCAACGGCUGAAGAGCGAUGCGAGCCUCAUCUUCAAGCGCUUAAAAGAGCUGAAGAGCAAGCACCGCAUCAUUAUGACCGGCACGCCACUGAACAACAACAUUCGGGAGCUGUUCAAUCUCAUGAACUUCCUCGAUCCUGACGAGUGGGCCGACCUGGAAGCUCUCUCGAAGCAAUACGAAGAACUUACAGAUGAGCUGGUCGCGGACUUGCACACGCGAUUGAAACCGUAUUUCCUCCGCCGCAUCAAGUCUGAAGUUCUGCAGCUCCCGCCGAAGAACGAAGUCAUUGUCCCAGUCAGCAUGGCGCCGCUGCAGAAGGAGAUCUAUCGUUCCAUUUUGAGCCAAAACCUCGAUAUUUUACGCAGUCUUACGGAACCCAACGCCUCAUCUUCGAAGGGCAAUGUCACCAAGACCAACAUGAACAACAUGCUGAUGCAGCUCCGAAAAUGCGUUCAACAUCCUUACCUCGUGUCCCCAAAUAUUGAGCCGAAAGGAUUGUCUCCGACGGAAACACAUGAGCGUCUCAUCGGAGCCAGCGCAAAGUUGCGUCUUCUGAAGACGAUGCUGCCCAAGCUUCGAGCUCGCGGUCACCGAGUCCUACUUUUCAGCCAGUUCGCAAUCGCCCUUGAUAUCAUCGAAGACUUCUUGGUGGGCGAAGGUAUCACAUACCUCCGACUUGACGGCAACACGAAGCAGGCAGAUCGUCAGAAGGGGAUGGACGAGUUCAACAAAAAGGACUCGGACGUCUUCAUUUACCUUCUGACAACUCGCGCAGGCGGCGUCGGCAUCAACCUGUGGAGCGCUGACACAGUCAUUAUAUUUGACCCCGACUUCAAUCCCCAUCAGGACCUCCAAGCGAUUGCUCGGGCGCACCGAUAUGGUCAAACGAAGACCGUGCUUGUGUUCAAGCUAAUGGUCAAGGACUCUGCGGAAGAGCGUAUUAUGCAAACUGGCAAAAAGAAGCUCAUCCUUGACCAUCUCAUCGUCCAGAAAAUGGAUGAUGAGAGUGGUUCUCGAGAAGACGUACAAUCAAUCCUCCUGUUCGGUGCUAAGGCUCUCUUCGAGGAGACGGAGGAAACAGUCGCUCGAGAAGUCCAUUACUCCGAACAUGACAUUGAUAACCUGAUCGAGAAGACAGAGAAGGAAGGCGACCAGGUCGAAUCGGAGUCUGGCGCCGGAUCGUUGUUCUCGUUCGCCAAGGUUUGGUCAGCAGAUAAGGAGGGUAUGGAGGAACUGGCAGAAGAAGCAGCCGAGCAGUCAGAGCAGGCGGACGCGUGGACGAAGGCGCUGGAACUCAUUGCCCAUCGAGCAGCUGCCGAGAAGGAGAAAGAGCAGACCGGCCGCGGCGUGCGCCGUAAAGCCGCUGCCGUUUUCCCCCAGCAAACUAUCAAUCUAGGUGACACCCCGACCAAGAACAAGGAGAAGGACAAAGGCAAGGACAAAAGGAGGAGGAAGUCGAAGGGCAAGUCGACUGGCUCGGAUGAUUCUGACUUCCAUGCUCCGGUAUCGGACGCAGCUUCAGACUCAGACGGGACCGAUGAUGCUGUCAUGGAUGUGGACGACAUCCGCAUGCUACCGGUGUCCGGCCUCGGUUCGCCGCCACCACCCAGUAUGAUAGCGUCAUCCAAGCAUGGGCACUCGCGACCAACACACUCCGAUGGUCUGUAUCAUCCAUUAUCGCCUGUUCACAAUCGCCAGAGGGUCCCGGAGCUGCCGGAGGAGUUCUGCGGGUUGUGCGGCAAUCGCCAUGCUCCCGGACAAUGCUCUAUGACCGAAAGCCCCGAGAACCUCGCCACUUACAGAUUGAUCCUACUGUCACAUGCUGGGGAUGAGACCAUUGAGGAGAGGCGUGCCGCUAUCCGAGUGAUCGACGAGACACUUCAUCGGCUUGGGAAAAUUCACUUGAUAUAUGGGCAACCGCUCCAUCUCGUAGAAACACCACCUCAACCAGCCGUCCCGCAUCCGCCCAAGAAGCCCAAACUUGACAACGCUCCCCGUCCUACGUUACAAGCUCAAAUCACUCCGCCAAUACUACAUGACACGCCCAAUCAUAUCCAGCUCGCUGCAGGACCGUCGCGGCUGAAUGGUACAGUUCCCAACGCGGCGUCCCCAGCUACCGCAGCUCAGAUGCCGAGGCCCGUUCCUCGCGCUUACAACGCUGCAAACGCUGUUGCUAGUUCGUCUAAGGCACUGACAUCACUUGCCGCUGCCGGUGAUGUUCCCCGACCCAAGAAGGCCAAGCUGAUUGGUGGACAACCUUGUGCCGUGUGCGGGCAUGUUCCGCAUCAUCUGGUGAAGGACUGCCCCGUGGUGGCUCAAGGGCCGUUGAAAAUCAACGACGCCAUACAGCGAUUAGCUUCAGACCCUUCGCAAGAGCCGGUUGUGGAUGCUUUGAGGAGCAUACUGACGAAACAGCAGAGGCGCGUGCUGGCCGUGUCCGCCGCGAAACCCAGCUCUAUUGGUCCCGUCAUCGAUCUGACGGAGUCAUGACUGCUGCAAGCAUGCUCUUUAGGCAUGCUGGGGUUUUUGCCGAAGCAAUACAGUGCAUAUCUUGCAAAUUUCUUCUCAUGUACGGCAAAUCAAGUCAUUGUGACAGGUCUCUAUUGUAGAGCGUCCUAGUCAACGUGUUUGUAUAGAUGUAAUGAGAUAGUAGACACGCGGCUGAAAGUAUACCCAUUGUCC